AUGUCUUUAGAUCCAUCAAGUAUCAUUAAAACACUAGGAUUGCGUUGGGACCCAACCACUGAUGAAUUUUUAUAUGUUGUAAAUUUAGACAAUUUCAAUGAAAUACCAACAAAAAGGUCAGUGCUUUCGAAAUGCGCAAAAUUGUAUGAUCCGUUAGGACUGUUAGGACCGGUAAUUGUUAUCGGAAAAUUGUUCAUUCAAGAACUUUGGAAACUUAAUUUAGAUUGGGACACAGUUCUUCCUGUCGAUUUACAAAAAUCAUGGUUAGAAUAUUUAAAACAAUUACCUUCUUUAAAUGACUUGCGUUUUAACCGAUGCAUUACUGUAGAAGGCUUCACAGAAGUUCAGGUACAUGGGUUUUGUGACGCCAGUGAAAAGGCAUAUGGCGCGUGCUUAUACCUGCGGUCAACUGACCGUAAGGGUGAAAUUCAUGUCUCUUUAGUGUGUUCAAAAUCUCGAGUCGCUCCAAUAAAAUCAACAUCGCUUCCUAGAUUGGAGUUAUGCUCAGCUCAUCUGUUAGCAGAAUUAUGUGAAAACACAAUACAUUGCUUAAAAAUUCCAAUUUCAAAAAUGUAUUUAUGGUCCGAUUCAAUGAUUGCAUUAAGUUGGAUUAAUACUCCCUCUCAUUUAUUAGAAACUUUUCUCGCAAAUAGAGUUGCUAAAAUACAACAUUUAACAAAAAUCGAAAAUUGGAAACAUGUGCCCACAGAAAGUAAUCCUGCUGAUAUUCUUUCACGGGGUGUAAGUCCUUCCGAAUUCGUUCACAAUUCAAUGUGGAGUCACGGACCUUCAUGGUUAAAUUUAAAUGAAAAUGAAUGGCCUGAAAAGGCUAUUCCACUCAAUGAGACCUCUGGUCUUCGCAAGCCAAAACCUAUAUUUUCAUUUAAAUUAACACAGGACGAAAUAAACAUAUUGACAAAAUACAAUAGUUGGCAAAAAACAAUAAGGAUUGUAGCUUAUUGUUUACGGUUCGUAUCAAAUAGCAAAAUCAAAGAUGUAGGUUUGCGACGGAAAACAAAUCUGUCUCUAGCAGAACUGAAUGCAGCUAAAGAUAAGAUUAUUAGAUUAAUUCAAAAAGAAGUAUUUUCAAAUGAAAUACACGCUCUUGAGAAUAAUCAGUCUAUUUCUAAAAACAGUAGUCUCAUCUCAUUAAACCCAUUUCUCGAUCAAGGUAUCAUUAAGGUAGGCGGACGUUUGGUUCUGGCUGACAUUCCUGAGAAUCAAAAACACCCGAUUGUAUUACCGAAAAAUCAUCACGUAACAAAAUUAAUAAUUAAAAAUGAACAUCUCAAUCGUUUGCACGCAGGUGUAAAUGCAACGUUAUGCGGUGUUAGAGAAUCUUACUGGCCCAUAGAUGGUCGUAACACUACACGACAUAUUGUACGACAAUGUACAACAUGUUUUCGCGCAAAGCCUCGCGAUAUUCAAUAUUUAAUGGGAAAUUUACCAAAAAAUCGAUUAACAUUCUCUUGUCCAUUUUUAAAUGUAGGUGUUGAUUUUUGCGGACCGUUUUACAUAAAAGAACACAGACAUAGAAAUCGAACAAAACUAAAAACUUACGUGGCGGUGUUCGUUUGUUUCGCGACCAAAGCUGUUCAUCUCGAAUUAGCGAGUGAUCUUUCAACAGAAGCAUUUCUUGCAUGCUUAAAAAGAUUUUUUGCACGAAAAGGACUCUCUCAAUCUAUUCAUUCCGACAAUGCGACAAAUUUUGUUGGAACGAAUAAUGAAAUUAAAGAGCUUUUUAAAACAAUACAUGAAACAAUAACUGACGAAAAAAUCGGGAAUUAUUUAUCGAAUAAAACAGUUUCUUGGCAUUUUAUUCCUCCUCGAGCUCCCCACUUUGGAGGACUCUGGGAGGCAGCGGUAAAAUCAUUCAAAUUUCAUUUUGUCAGAAUUGCGGGAAAUUCUCUAUUAACAUAUGAACAACUAAACACAUAUGUAACGGAAAUUGAGUCCAUCCUAAAUUCCCGACCAUUAACACCAUUGUCACCUGAUCCUAAUGAUCUCAAUCCUUUAACACCUGGUCACUUCCUCAUUGGUGGUUCUUUGACAAGCUUACCAGAGGAAGAUUUUCGCAACACAUCCGACAAUCGAUUGAGCUGUUGGCAACUUGCUCAAAAAAUGGGUCAUCAUUUUUGGGAUCGAUGGUACAAGGAGUACCUUAAUGAAUUGAUGUCUAGGAGUAAAUGGCAAGCAGCUCCAGACCAAACAACCAUCAAACCCGGCACACUCAUAUUGGUUAAAGAAAAUAAUCAACCACCGAUGAAGUGGCCUCUUGGUCGCAUUUCGGAAAUUCAUCCAGGAUCUGAUGGCAUAGUGCGUACCGUGACGAUAAAAACCGGGGAAGGCAUUUACAAACGAGCCUUAAAAAAUGUGUGUCUUCUUCCAAUGGACAAAAAUGAUAUGAACAUUAAUCAGUAG